AUGGAACUUCUGGCUCUGGGUGGGUCCCGUGUUCGGGGUUUAAAAGAAAGUGGCCGCUCCCCCGUCUUCGGUUUCCUCCUUCUCCGGCGACCAUUCUCUCGGUUAAAUCAAGUUUUACUAGUGAUGGAGAAAGGAGGAAAGGGGUAUUCGCCGAUGGACAAAGGAGGAUCCUUAAAAGGGAAAGAUGAUAGUGCUCCGAAAUCAGCCAAGGGGAGGAAAGUUCAUUUUGCUGAAGAAGGAGGAAAGGGAGAGAAGAUUGCAAAUGGAAGAAAGACUCCUUUGUCUGAAGGCUCAAAAUCAUCAGAAUUUGGCAUUGAGCAGGAACUUCCGAACAAUGUCAAAUGCUUGAUGAAUUGUGAGGCUGCUGAUAUUUUACUAGGAAUUCAAGAUCAGAUGACAAUAUUAUCUAAAGAUCCAACUAUCAAAAUACCUGCAUCAUUUGACAAGGGACUGCAGUAUGCCAAAAGCAAUGGCCAUUAUACAAAGUCGGAGUCUGUUAGGAGCAUUCUAGAGCCUUUGGCAGAUCUUGGUGUCUCUGAUGCGGAGCUAUGUGUGAUUGGUAAUGUGUGUCCAGAAACAUUGGAAGAGGUUUAUGCUCUGAUCCCGUCACUUAAGGUAUGAAAUGUCGAAGUCAUAAUGAAUUGAAAAUGGG